AUGUCAAAAUCCGGCCCCCUGGGGCGGUUGAAACCAUCGCGCGGUAACGGCUGCGCCUCGCCAGGGCCCACGCUUCUCUUCGUGAAGACGAGCCGAGCGCAGGAGCAGGGGAGGAGGUUUUACGCCUGCUCGGCUUGCAGGGAUAGGAAGGACUGCAGCUUCUUCCAGUGGGAAGAUGAGAAGGUGUCGGAAGCUAGGCUUGCAGCACGUGAAGAAUAUAAUAGAAAUCAUCAGCCUUCUUUUACUCACAGACAGAACGUGGAAAGAUUAAAGAAUUUUAUUGUUCUGCCGCUCUCACAGAGGAAGUUUUGUCAGGAUUGCCAGCAAUUACUGUUGCCAUCUGAAUGGCAAGAACACAGUGGCCACCAGUUCCAAUGUGAUAUCUCCACUGCCCAGUUAAAAACUCCCAGUCAACUUUUGUAUCCCCUGGAGAACAAGAAGACAAAUGCUCAGUAUUUGUUUGCAGACAGAAGUUGCCAGUUCCUGCUGGAUCUUAUUAUUGCCUUAGGAUUCAGACGAGUGCUCUCUGUUGGCACACCCAGACUUCAUGAAAUGAUUCAGUCAAAAGCGUCACAAGACGAAGAUUUCGGCGUUAGAAGCCUUCUACUAGAUAUUGAUUUCAGGUAUUCACAGUUCUAUACAGAGGAUGAAUUCUGCCACUAUAACAUGUUUAAUCAUUAUUUUUUUGGUGGAGAGGCCGCACAUGAAACUUGCCAGCAAUUCUUGUACCAAGACACAGGUGAAAGAGUCAUUAUGGUGACUGAUCCCCCUUUUGGAGGAUUGGUGGAAGCACUGGCUUCUAGUUUCAAAAAGAUGAUGGCAAUGUGGAAGGAGACAGAAAAAGAAGGUGAUAACAAGCAAGAGAUGCCCAUGUUCUGGAUAUUUCCAUACUUCUUUGAGUCUCGCAUUCUUGAGUUUUUCCCAAGCUUCAGUAUGAUGGACUAUCAGGUAGACUAUGACAAUCAUGCACUUUAUAAACAUGGCAAGACAGGUCGUAGGCAAUCUCCUGUUCGUAUCUUCACCAACAUCACCCCAAGGAUGAUUGUACUCCCUGUUGAAGAGGGUUAUAGGUUUUGCACUAUAUGUCAGAGAUAUGUUAGCUCUGGUAACCAACACUGUGAGAUAUGCAAUUCGUGUACAUCUAAAGAUGGAAGACGAUGGAAGCAUUGUGCUCUUUGCAACAAAUGUGUAAAACCGUCCUGGUUUCAUUGUGACAAAUGCAACUGCUGUGCUCUUCAAGACCAUUCUUGUGAGAGGACCGACGCUGGCUGCUUCAUUUGUGGCAAUGCAGGUCACAAGCGCAGUACCUGUCCCCGGCUCUCCCUCGCUAAAACAGCUUGCCAAACUGACAAAAAGAAAAGACAUAAAACCGCAAAUAAGGUAAAGAUGGGGAUCCAUAGAACAUCAGCUAUGAAGCAUGCAAUACUCUCCAGAAAAAGAAUAAAGAAGAAAAAGAGCUGCCACCUUCCCUCUUGA